UCGCCAUCCACCAGCCAGAGCGGAACAAAUAUUCGCACGGAGAUACUGAAAGGUGUGCGAUUCGCACCUUCAGCCAGGUCCAAGCAACUAAGCAACAUGUCUGGAGUGAAUCCCCCUCGGAGUGUGACGCCGAACGCGCAGCAGGACUACGAUGUUACGCGUAUGCGAGAGGAAGACUUCGAGCGGCUGGCCGUCUACAUCGUGCCGGAUAUGCCCUGCGAGAAGGGCGUACCGGGGCGGGCGGAGAAAACCCUACCCCGCAGCCUGACGCUUAAGCCCUCGCUCGUCCUUUCAACGCCCACUUCCACGACUGAAGGAGUAUGGAGUACAGGCGUCAUCCCUCGGGGUACCAGAUUCGGACCUUUCGAGGGCGUCCGCACACCGAGCCACCCCAGCGACAAGCAGCUGUGGCGGUACUUCUGGAGGGUGCAGGAAUUGCGACACGUCUCCUAUGGGAAUAUCAAGAUAUUUAAGGACAGUGAUUUCUACUACCUGGAUGGUUCGGACACGACGCAGUCGAACUGGAUGAGGUAUGUGGCGUCCGCGUACAGCUUCGCGGUGAUGAACCUGGUCGCCUGCCAGCACCAGGAGCACAUCUACUUCUACACGAUACGCGACAUCAUGCCGAACGAGGAGCUGAUGGUGUGGUACUGCCGGGACUUUGCCAAGCGGCUCGGCUACGACAUCGAUCCGGAGCGUGCCACCUACUCGAUCUGCCGCGAGGAGGUCGUGAAGAAGACGUACAAGCAGCCCGUUCCGCCCGAGGUUGCCUACAACCACGUGAAGCACGUGAUGGGCCUCUACCUGCCAGCGAUGGUGCGCAGUACGCCAACGCCCAGUCCAUCUCCUCCGGCGCCGACCCAGACGGUACUGGUGCCGCCCUCCUCCACGCAAGCCAAGCACCAUCAGCCGCAUCACAACCACUACCAACAUCAGACGGUUCUCCGGGAGCCCCGGGGAGGGCAGGUGGUCAAGGGGGAACCGGUGCGUGACCGGUCCCCGAUUCGGGUCAUGAUCCGCGGCGAACAGAGUCCGGUGCGGGCGGAGAGCGCAAAAGAGGAGACGAUCGAUGCCGAUUCUCCGAUCUCGCAGACGAAAGAGGCGGCCUACGAGCACCAGCUCACGCCGAACGAUGGUUCGGUGCGAUCGGAUGAGGGCUACCACAGCAACGGAUACCACGAGGAUGGCUUUACGCCUCCGGAGGACUCGAGCGACAGCGAGAGCGAGCACAACUACGUGCUGGACUGCUCGAAGAAGGCGAUCGAGCCGAAGGAGACGAGCGUCGGGCAUAAGGUGAGCACAACCGAGCCAUCGAGCGACAAGAACGAGUACCGCAAGGUCAAGAUGAAGAUGCCGCUGAAGUACGAGUUCAAGCACAACAGCAAGCACUUCAAGGUAGAGCAGGAGCGCGAAGCGGAAACGACUGGUAGCGAGCGGGAGGCGGAGGCGGAAGUGGAAGCGGGAGUCGUCACACCAGCCACAAGCACCGUCAUCGUGCUGGACACGACCCCAUCCGGCCCGCCCGUUGUAGUCCCCCUUACCAAGAGUUACUAUGAGGCGGAACCUUCGACAUCGCCUCCGGUGGCACCUUCCUUCAUCCGCUAUACACCGCCUAGCUCGAGCAUCCUUGAGACGAUUCUCACGGGAGCAGGAGGUACCGGGAGAGCGCCACCGUCGGCCGAUGAUCCACACCGCCGCCAACCGAACGCUACACCUCCUCCGACGUCGCCCACCGAGAUGGCGUACUCGUACAAGAAGUCCCAGCGCUAUGGGACGGCCUGCAGCCCGGACUCGAGUUCGCAGAACCCCGCCGUGGAGCCACCGACACCGCAUGCCCCCGCUAGCCCUACCCCACGAUCUCAGGUGAUACAGGAACCGAAGGAAGCCGACAUGGACCACCAUGUGGACCACCAUCACCAUCUGCACCAUCUCGGGCAUCACCACAGCCAGCAUCACGUGCUGCAUGCGCACCACGGCUUCCACGAGGCAGAUCCUCGUCCAUCCUCGCCGUCACCCUCGCCUCUGGUGUACGCCGGAGAGCACCAUCCUCAUCAUCUGCACCAGCACCACCUGCACCCGUACGAGUCGCCAGUGCAGACGAGCUAUGGAAGUAUUUACCCGACGUCCGGAGGAAGUGUGAUUAACACCGCAUCCAGCUCCACCUAUAGCCCGCCCCUGAACGGUGGCCAUUACGAGAGACUGACGACCACGACGGCGACGACAGCGAGUGCGACCUCCGCUAAUAGUACUCCACCGCACCAUGGAGGUAUGCGCUCGACAUCCCCGGGAAGCCAACAGUCGGGAGGUUACGUGCAACUGCAGUCCAAGGGUCAGCUACCGCUGGGACAUCCUCUGAUGCAACCGCUGACUCCACUGACGACGACGCACCUAUCCUCACCCGGGCGUACCGUGUCUCCGCCCAGUAGUCUCAGUCCGGAUGGAGGUUCGUACUCACGAAGCGGUAGCCCGAUGAGCCCGGGAAGUCCAAACUCUCGCGGCUACCGAAGCCUACCGUAUCCUCUGCGUAAGCGCGAUGGCAAGAUGCACUACGAGUGUAACGUGUGCAGUAAGACGUUCGGGCAGCUAUCGAACCUGAAAGUGCACCUGAGGACACACUCGGGCGAGCGUCCGUUCAAGUGCAACGUCUGCACGAAGUCGUUCACGCAGCUGGCGCACCUGCAGAAGCAUCACCUGGUGCACACGGGCGAGAAGCCGCACCAGUGCGACAUCUGCAAGAAGCGAUUCUCGUCCACCUCGAACCUGAAGACCCACCUGCGGCUGCACAGUGGCCAGAAGCCGUACGCGUGCGAUCUCUGCCCGCAGAAGUUCACCCAGUUCGUGCACCUGAAGCUGCACAAGCGCCUACACACCAACGACCGGCCGUACGUGUGCCAGGGCUGUGACAAGAAGUACAUCAGCGCGUCCGGACUGCGCACCCACUGGAAGACGACCAGCUGCAAGCCGAACAACCUCGAGGAGGAGCUGGCGAUGGCCGCGGCCGCCACAUCCGAGUGUCUCGAUAAGGAUGGCCAGCCGGAUGGUGAAGGUGGACGCGAGUUCUACGAUGUGCACCUACCUUCACAGCAUCCCGCGGGUGACAUGUCCCCGGCUCAGCUGCGUCACCACGGAUCACCCAACGGCGUACCACCAUCACCUCACCAGCAGCAUCAGCAACCGUCUCCCGGUGGUCCACCGCCUCACCAUCCCCACGCACACCACCUCUCCGGCCACCAUCACCCCGAGCAGGUGAUACACAAGGUGUCGGCGGGCAAAAUCCACCCAACGGCGGGCUCCAACAACAACAACAAUAACAACAACAACACCCCGAACAUCACCAACCACAACCUGCCUCCCCACCAUCACCUGCACUACGGCGCGGCCCAUCACGGAGUGUCGGCGACCAACGGCACGGCUGGGGCGCCAACUCCGGCACCCGCCUCGGUCACGUCCCAGCAGCAGCAGCAGCAACAACCACACGAGCCCACCACGAGCCGACCGAGCGUGAUCGAGUCCAGCCAGCCGAUGGUGAUCGAGUGCACGUAGCCGCCGGCCAUCGCCAACGCCGCAUCCAGUGUGAUACGAACGUCUCGCCCGGGAGGUCUCGGAACCGACCUGAACUGAGCAGAGUGGGAGUCCGAGCAAGUGGGGAUUGCAUAAGAAGAUUGAUUUGUUAUUCACCCGAUGGGAGACGAAGGUCGGAGGUAUGCCGAUCUUCACCGGAAGAAUAACCUACUAUUAAGCUGUUAGAUGUACUAUUAAGUGGUCUUAAGAACUUAACUUAUCCGUUAGUCUGUAUCUGUUGAAUUCGCACCGAUGGAGUCGUACGGUCCCCUCCUGUAAAUAAUGGCUAUAUAUCAUCCGCCGGAAAAACUCGCCCCAAGCGGUACCGGCGGAACAUCGAAUAUGUGAUCAAAAUUGUUUCCGGUUUAUUGUAUUGUGUUUGUGCGGGGGAAGAAGAUGAGAAGAAAACGAAGAAACCACACACGCAUAAGCUUGACUAUUGGUGAGCAGCAACAUUGAUGCGACUGACUGUAUGUGAGGGUCAUGGAAGAACCCGGAAGAGUGCAUGGGAUGCGUGUAUGCGGGCAAGUGAACACGAACCUAACCUAUAUGAGGUGAAUUAAAAAAGGAGAAAUCGAAACGCAUCAAAGAUCAAAAUUGAAGUCUGAUAGAAUAGGGAUUAUUAGAUUGUUCGCUCGUGUUUUUUGUUUUUUGUUUCACUCCGCGUUUAGAACGGACUGGCUAGCGGCCAACAACAGACUGAUAUAGUUUCCUUAUCAACCCUUAUCCCUCUCGCAAACUCACACGCACGUACACGAACGGUUUGGAGAUAUGACGAGGUUUGCUUUUGUCCCGUCCUGGAGAUCACACUUUAGGACGCAGGGAAUCUUGAGAACGGAGGACUGAAGGAAAUAAAAAAGAACAACAAGUACUGUUUAGAGCAAACAAAUGUUAUGAUUAAAUUAUUUAACACAGAGGAAAAACAGUUGAAUCACGACUAUAUGUUCUGGUUCCUGGAUUUUUGGUGUACAUUUUUAGUUUUUCGAAAACGAAAAACUGAGUAGGAAUUAUGAUCGAAAAACUUUAUUACAAACUAAAAGGUAGAAACACACCCACGGGUACACUUAACACACAAAUUCACAAAAUAUACAAUGUUCGCUAGACGAACAAGAUAGGGAGGGAUAGAAAAAAAGAGAGAGAGAGAGAGAGAGAAAAAAGAGAAAGAGAAAGACAGCGGAUGUAAUUAAAAAUUACAAUUAACAAGUUAGCUGAAGAUCGGUGCUUUUUGAAAGCCGGCGGCUUCCGGGAGGCUCGUGCUUUUCUCGGACCGCCGGACUAAUACUAUUACUCAGAGUUAAGAUUUACAUGAAUAAAAUAAUUAAAAACUGAAACAUUAAACGAAACAUACUAAUCUUAAACCGUGCGCGGUGGCAACCGCAAGACGGAACCAGAUAAAUUAAAGGCCAAGAAAAAUACGAAUAAAAGGGUGCUAUGAGAGGUAAGGGAGCAAUGAGCUAUAAAAGGAGAAAAACAAAACAAAACAUAUUAAAACAAACAUAAAAAAGAAAUAUCUCUGACGAGAGUGGAGAACAAUUUGAACGCAACAUUACAGAACAAGUAAAUAAAGAAAAGAAGUUUAUAUUUUAAAAACCAGUAACAUAAGAUACAGGACUAAUUAGCAAGAAGAAACACUUUUCAGUAGUGAACAGUUGGUGGUAAACUACCCGGGACUGGAAAAUUAAGGUGCAUAAAGUUAUAAAUCAUAAUGAACAUGCGAGGUAAACAGUAAAGCGAGCUACAUUUGUUGAGCAAUCAAUUGCCGAAAGUGGCCAAAUCACAUCCUUUACACACGCAUGUGUAUUGAUUUUACUGUGCCGACAUGGAGUUUGUUUUGUAAACGACACACACACGUUUCCAUUUGAAACAUUGGCUGCGUGUUGAGGGUUAGAGUUCAUCAGUUCACGCAACACUUGAUCGUCGGUACAAACUAUUUGCAAUAUGGAAGAUGACGGGGGACGAAAGUAAACGAAAGGUCGAAUCCAAUCCAGCCCACACAAUCAAGCCUCCAAACAGAGUGAAGUGGUUUACAUUUUAUUUAAUUUGAUGAUGCAAUAUAACGAUCGAUUGCUUCCGCCAUCGUUAGACUGACUGCCCGACGAGGAUCAUGGCGUUGUUUAUUUUCUUGUUUUUGUUUUACACCACCAACAAUCCUUGGUCGCCCUUGUACAAACCUCUCUAUCUCUUGCCCACAAAGAGGAUGGAACACUUCUCAACUAAGUGAUAAACGUUUUACUAUUGAUUUUGCGAUAUUGCGAUGGAAAAAAGAAGAAUGAGAAGGCAUCUCGAGGCUGGAGCUGCAAGCGUCAACUCAAGUCGUGCUUACAGUUUCGAACUAUUUUUUUUUUCCUCUUUUUUGUUUGUUUUGUUUCUCGUUGUAUCUUGUUCGUUUUUUCGUGUUUAGUUUUAUAGUACCCUAGGCUUAAGUCUGCAAUAGUCUCGUCCACAACCCUGGCGGCUGAAUUGCUUGGCCGUGAGGCGAGCAGGACCAAGACCAUAACAGGAUAUUCUACGAUGAGUAAGGAGGGCGCAGUGUUGCGUAAAGUAAUAGUUAUAAUAAAACAUUUAAAGCGAAACAGUAACAACAACACAGACUAUCAGACGAACACGCGUUCGUGUACGUGCGUUUAAUAUUUAACGAGCAGUUAAUGCAUCCAAUCGGCAAAGAAUGUCUAACCAGGGCGUGGUGAACAACAAAAAAAAAAACAAAAUGGCGUCAGAUGUCCUGCUUAUUAACUAACUAUUGAUUUUCUCUGUUUGCUGUGCGAUGGACAACGAUCGGGAUCUCUCCAUCGCAGGGGUGAGAUCCGAGCAAAUUGACUGAUUAAUUGAAUUAGAGCAUUAAUUUUAUCCCACUUUUAAGUUGCACCAAGAGUGGCAGGAGCGAAGGCACGAGCCUUCCGUUUAGAUUGUUUGCUUAAUCACCUGAAGCUACUCUUCAAGCAGGCAUUUUAAUUCGUUUAGUAUUGGUGGGUAGAAGUCUCCGGCUUUUUUUCUCCGACCCUUCGGAGGCUUGGGAUAAAUGAUUGAAAGACAACGCGUAUUUUUAUCAUUUAGAAUGGAGAUACAGCAAACUUUACGAAUGGAACCGCAACCGAGUGGAAUAUUAGUGCAGUAGUUGAUAGGUGAUUACUGCAAACGCGCAGCUUAGCAACUAGAUACUAGGGCCGCAUUUGAGAAAAAAGAAAGCAAAUGAUAAGAAAGGAGGAUUCAAACAAAAACAAACAUACGAUAUACGCACGCGUUCCGCACUGAACAUGUAUAGAGCGAUGGAACGGAGGCGCGUUGCUGCGUUCCGCGUGCAGGAUACGUACGAUGUCUAUGCGAAAAAAAAUUGUAAGAAAAUCCCGUGCGAGGAAAAAAACACAGUCGAAGAGAGCGGUGAGACGAACGCUACCUAACUGAUAAUAAUUUAAACAAGAACAUACGACAUAAGUACCGACUACGAUUACGCUAAGGUAAAAUGCUAGUGAACGAGUGACGGGCAAUGGUCGUGCUGAAAUGCGGGACGACCAUCGCAUCUGUGUGAAUGGGAACCGAGUGGAAUUCUUUAUAAAAAUACAGAAAAUCUUUAUUGAAAUACCU